AGAGAGCGGAUCGAUCUUUGUUCCGAGGAGGGAAUCGUACCUUUGGAAUCACUCCAUCAUGAACUUCCCAUCAGUAGAUUCAGUUGUAUGCACGAAGCGAAAGAAGUAACAAGUCGUGUUCAAGAUUUAGAAUACAAGAAUUGUCUUCUGAAAGACGAUACAAAUUGUGUGCAUACAUUGUAGAGUUACGUACGAAUGGAUGUAUGAAAACCUUGAAGCUGCCACAGUAAGAAACAGAAUGUUGAAGAUACCUUUAGUGAUGGAUGAGAGUAAACAGUGUAAUAAAUCUAAUCCCCAAUUAGGGUUAGAUGAAGCGUGUUUAGAAGUGAUAUCAUCAGCUACUAAUCCUAUUAGCCUUUGGGCUCAGUCAGAAGAAUGUGAAAUGUGUGACUUUAUUGAAGUUGCAAGGAUACCAGCAAAUAACACUGUGCCACUACUGUUAACUACAACAUUUCCUAUAGACAUUUAUUUAAAAAACAAUCAUUCCACGUACUGUUAUGAGAAAUACAAAUUUGAAGAACAUGGAAUAUAUGCCUGGGAUGUCACAGGAGACAGUUGCUCUGGAGUUCGUAUAAUUCAGAACCCCGAUAUAUCUUAUAUUUCUAUUGUGGUUGCUUUCUUCAUAUAUCUGGCUGCUUUCCUAUUGUGGAUGACUGGAAAACUUAUAUAUUCCUCAGAUUGGUUAACACAAAUUAGAGUACGAAGAUCUCCAUUUUCAGAGUUGGAAAGUGAUUUAGGAAGUCCUAGUUCAACAGACGGUCCACCAUUAAUAAGAUCAGAGGUUGCAAGGCUGAGAGGACGAGUGAAGUCACUUGAUGUCUUUCGAGGGAUUUCAAUUUCAUUAAUGAUAUUUGUCAACUAUGGUGGAGGUCAUUACUGGUUUUUCAAACACACUCCAUGGAAUGGUCUGACCGUCGCUGAUCUGGUUUUUCCGUGGUUUCUCUGGAUCAUGGGCGCAAGCAUGGCCAUCUCCCUUCGUUCAUAUUUACGCAGCUGUAUCUCACGUAAACGUCUCUUCUUAAGAGUGCUGCUGAGGUCCGUCACACUUGUGGCACUGGGUGUGAUACUCAAUUCUAGCGGAAACAAGAAAAACAGCAUCACGAAUUUGAGGCUGCCCGGUGUACUUCAACGGAUAGGACUUGCGUAUUUUGUUGUUGCAUCCCUUGAAACUGUGUUCAUGAAGCCUCAGGGUUCCUUCGAGUACGGUAAUUGGUUGGUGGUUCAAGACUUGCUGGAGAGCUGGGUUCAGUGGCUUAUAAUACUUGCUCUCACUAUAACGCACAUCCUUCUGACAUUUAUGAUGCCUGUUCCCAACUGUCCGACUGGAUAUCUGGGACCUGGUGGGCUCCAUAAUCACAGUUCCAGUCCCAAUUGUACUGGCGGAGCUGCCGGGUACAUUGACAGAAUGGUGUUUGGAGAACGUCACAUCUACCAGCAUCCAACCUGCCGGCCUGUGUACGAGACUGUGAUACCUUAUGAUCCAGAAGGCCUCCUUGGUACUCUGACUUCAAUUCUCCUCGUGUACUUGGGUGUCCAAGCUGGAAGAAUUAUACUGUGUUACCACUACACGUCUUCACGCAUUGCCAGAUGGGCUUUGUGGGCCUUUAACGUGGGACUCAUUGCUGGAAUACUGUGCGACUUCACAAAGAAUGAUGGGGUCGUUCCGGUGAAUAAGAACUUGUGGUCGCUCUCAUUUGUUUUGGGUGUUGCGAGCACAGCUUUUUUGCUUCAGAGUUUUCUGUAUUUCAUUGUGGAUGCUAAAAACUGGUGGUCUGGUAGUCCAUUUCAUUAUGCGGGUAUGAAUUCCAUCGUCUUGUAUAUCGGACAUGAAGUUACAAAAAAUCUGUUUCCGUGGAGUUGGCAGCCGUACUACCGUUCUCAUGAAGAAUACCUUGCAAUGAACUUAUGGGGAACAACAUUAUGGAUGCUCAUUGCUUUUGUUCUCUACAAGAAAAAUGUGUUCGUAACAGUGUGAACUGCGUGGCGAUGGAAGUGCAAGAAAACUUCGCUUUGCGAACAUGAAAUCAUUCGCUAAUUAAUAUUCUUUGAAACUGGGGUUUCUUAUGAACAAAUAGACUGAUAUAGACUGUAUUUUGUAUUCAUACUUUAUACCAUUUUGUAAAUGACAAUAACUCUAUUUUCCCAUGUGAUAACAGUAUUUAUAGAUAAUUUAAGUCACGAGUGUUAUAGAUAUGAAAAUAUAACAUGAUUUACGUAGUCAUUGGUGGUGGAUGUUCUAGUUUGCUGUAAAAACAAACUUGUAAUUAUUAAAAAAUAUUGAACAUUAAUUAUAUUUAUAAAAAGUUGAUAUCAUGCUUCAA